AAAGCACCCUGGAGGAGAUUGAACAGGCACCCAUACAUUACAAGCAAACAUUACAUCAGAACUUGCCUGUGUUACUAUGAACAGGACCUGUAGACGGAAGGUGAAAAUACACACACAGCCAUAAAGAAAUGACUUCAGCAACAGACUCACACAAUGCCCUCUGUAGUUCCUGCAUCUCCCAGGAUUCAUCCUGCGUGGACUCCUAAAUCACGUCAAAUGCCUCAGCUGCAAGUUCCUAGCAGAACACUGAGAUUUUAUCCUGUUGUCAAAGAACCAAAAGCCAUCGGUGUAAAGAGUCCACGAAAGAGGAAGACAAGUCACAGCACAAACCCCCCUCUAGAGUGUCACGUUGGGUGGGUGAUGGAUUCCAGGGACCAUGGGCCAAGACCACCCUCUGUCAGCAGUUCAAAUGCUUCACCUUCGGAAGGUGCACCACCCACAGGAACCUGCAGCUGCACUCCUCACUCAUUCCCAAAGUUCCAGCAUCCUUCUCAUGAGCUGCUGAAGGAAAACGGAUUCACCCAUCAAGUGUACCACAAGUAUCGUCGAAGGUGUUUAAGUGAGAGAAAACGCUUGGGAAUUGGACAGUCACAGGAAAUGAACACCCUCUUUCGUUUCUGGUCCUUCUUCCUCAGAGACCACUUCAAUAGGAAAAUGUAUGAGGAAUUUAGACAACUUGCUUGGGAAGAUGCAAAAGAGAAUUACAGGUAUGGGUUAGAAUGUCUUUUCAGGUUCUAUAGUUACGGACUGGAAAAAAAAUUCAGACAGGAAAUUUUUAAGGAUUUUCAAGAAGAAACCAAAAAAGACUACGAAUCUGGCCAGCUAUAUGGACUGGAAAAAUUCUGGGCCUAUUUGAAAUAUUCUCAAUGUAAGACACAGUCUGUGGACCCAAAACUUCAGGAGUACCUCUGUAGUUUUAAGAAGUUAGAAGACUUCCGUGUUGAUCCCCCUAUUAGUGAGGAAUUUGGAAGAAAAAGACAUUCAUCUACUUAUGGGGAGGAGAGUAAUCACCAUCGACUUCCAUCUCGCUCCUCCACGCCACCAUCAAGUGCUGCUCAGCCUGCAUGUACCAGUGAACCACAGGAGAAGUCCUCAGGCACCCAGUGACAACUCACACCAUGACAGUGCUGCCUCAGUCUUCAUGGGUGAAGUACCAAGGAACUAGAUGCUUACACAAAAGUCGUGUGUCCUUGAAAUCAACAGUAGCAUCUUCUGAUGUUUAAUUGUGAUAAUCAGAAAACAAAAAGGAAGAAAAAUGGUUGUCUAUUUUUCUAGCAAGAUAAAUUCCAUACAUUUACCCCAUUCCCACAAACAAGGUCUGGUUGAUGUUAGGAGAUCCUGUAGGAAUGCACUUUGGCCUCAGAUUUUCUUGAAGGCCAUUGUUUGCAAGAACAAAAUUCCAUUAAAACAUUUAAACACACUCACAAGGAAUAUCUGACAUUUCAGCUCAUCCUUCUUACAGAAGAUGCAGUAUGCUGUAUUCAUCUCUUCUGUAGAACUCUUAAAGAGUCAGACAAAUCACCCCACUGUCAGCCUAUAUCUGAACAUAUCAAAAUCAAGGAAGGAUUAUGUACAUAAGUGGGUUUUUGUUUGUUUGUUUUUGUUUUUCGAGACAGGCUUUUGGAGCCUGUCCUGGAGCUCACUCUUGUAGACCAGGCUGGUCUCGAACUUACAGAGAUCCACCUGUGUCUGCCUCUCGAGUGCUGGGAUUAAAGGUGUGCGCCACCAACGCCCGGCUGUAUAUAGGUUUUAAGUUCAGAAAUGGAUAUGAAAGAUAUUUUUUCUUAUAUAUACAUAGUUUGAAGGAAUUUCUUUCUUUUUUUUUUUAAACAAAACCAUGCACAGCAGACUAGUUGUGAGGCCUGUAAGCUUGGGCUGUUGCUGAUUUCACAGUACUGUGUUGAUGUGGAGCUUUCUGAAUUGUCAUAAGCUGGGUAUAUAGAUUCAGAGAGACUGACUUGUGAUUCUACAAUACUUGCACAUGUAAUUGAAAACAGUUGGGAUCUGUUGGAAGUGUAAAUAAAUUAAUUUGUUCUGAAUGUGUCUGCUGUUUAUAUCUGUAAGUGGGUGUCUCACAGCAGUUACAUAACUAGUCACCUAAGAGAAGCAUUUAGUUUUUUUCUUUUUGUGUUAUGCUCAUAAUGGUUUUCAGGAGUUGAAACAAAUUUCUAAUUCUUAGUGCUAUUGAGACUGAUGUAAAUAAUAGUUUUAUUUUGUGAACUUAAAAAAAAUAAAUUAUUUUGAAUUAUUUGAAUUCACUUAAGUUUUAUUUAUGCUAUAUUUACAAAGCUGUAGUAUUUGAAUUCUACUAGCAUCAAUUUUUGUUAUGUUUUAUUAAUGAAGUUCCAGUUGCAAAGUUCUUAGGCCAUUUGUACUAAGCAUAAUAUGAUUCACAAGUAUUUCAUUGCACUGGCAGAAACAGCUAGUUUCAAUGCACUACAGUUACUAUUUUCUUUUUGAGCAGACUGGAUAUCUUACCGUGUUCUCAUAUGUUACAUAUUAAAAUGCUUCUGGCAUGUGACUAGUGGUAGAGAACCUACCAAGCAUUUACAGGGACCUGAAUUCAAUCCUCGCCAUUGGGGGGAAAUCCACCAUACACAGGAAUGGUCAUGUAGUGGGUAAAAUGCUGGCAUAGCACUGUGAGGCCUAGACUGCGUCCCUAGCAGAAUAAAGGAAAUGAGAGAAGGAUGGGAGAGAAACAAAGAAGAAAGGAAGGGAAAAAAGAGACAGAAAUAAUACCAUCUUUUGAGAAAGGGCUGUUGAUUCAUAACUACCUUUUAAUUAGGUUCAUACGUAAAUAAUAGCAUGCAAUUUGUUGAUUUUGAAGUUUCAACUUUAGAAAGCAGCUUUCUGUGUUCACAGCAUUGUUACUCACCUAUGCUAUAGGGAGGGCACAAAACCAGUCACGCUCUCAUAGAUUUAAGAGGGUUCUGUUCCUGGUCUUCAGGGGGGUGGUUUCUGAGCCAGUAAGUUUUGUUCAGGAAAUGAGAUAUUAUCUAUGAAAGUGUGGUCAGUCUAUAAUGCAUAUUUUAUGAUAUUAUUCUAUGUAAACAUAUACUUUGAGAAAUUCAGAAAAGCUCAAAAAAGAAACACUCUUUUCUUUGUUAAAUAAAAAAAAUUUUAUGUUAUA